AAUUAUCAUCUCUUCUCAAUAUUAUUUCAGUCUUAUUGCUUCUUCGAUCCAAACUUCUGAAAUCUCAAUCACAUCUCAUUGUGUGGCUCCCUUGAAACAGUCCUUGCGUCGCUGGCAUUACCUUCAUCAUCAUCACUGAUCGUAUUCCCUUAAUUUUUCUUCUCUUUCGUUCAUACCUUUCUCUGCUAUAGACUCAAGAUUUCUCUGUGAUCAGCAAUGGUGAGGUCCAGAAACAAGAGCUUACAGGCCAAACUGGUGGGUACUACUAGGACACAUGGGCACAGGGAAGACAAGUUUGGUUCUGAGAUUUGUGAAGGGGCAAUUUUCAGAGUACCAGGAAUCAACAAUAGGAGCAGCAUUCUUCACACAAGUGUUGUCAUUGAAUGAAAGCACGGUGAAGUUUGAUAUAUGGGACACAGCAGGCCAAGAAAGAUAUCACAGUUUGGCUCCUAUGUAUUAUCGUGGUGCUGCUGCUGCUAUUGUUGUCUAUGACAUUACUAGCAUGGAUUCAUUCAUACGUGCGAAGAAGUGGGUUCACGAAGUGCAAAGACAAGGAAAUCAAAGUAUGAUAAUUUUUUUGGUGGCUAACAAGGCAGAUUUGGAAGACAAGAGAGAAGUGUUAAAUGAGGAUGGUGAGCAAUAUGCCAAAGAAAAUGGCAUGACUUUCAUGGAAACUUCAGCCAAAACUGCUCAGAAUGUCAACGAGCUCUUCUAUGAAAUAGCAAAGAGAUUGGCAAAAGCUAACCCUUCACGUCAAACUGGGAUCAAGCUGCAUAGCAGACCUCAACAACAAAAUAGGAGACGAUUCUUUUGCUGUGCUUGAUCACUUCUUAUCUUCUUUUGCUUUUUUCCCCCUCUUUCAAGUGUUGCUCAAUUAUCAUAUGUCUAUUAUACACUCCACAAUAGAACCUCUAAAUUUAUGUUACUUUACUUGGAGACCACCUGCACAUCUCAUAGAAGGAAAAUUACAGUGAUGACUCUCUGCCACAUCACACACAUACCAUCAACAUUUGUUUUUUGGUAUGAACCAUCAACAUUUGUUUUGUGUACAAAGAUAUCAUUGUGCAAAGCUGAAAAGUGUUUGUGGAGGGUAUUUCUUCUCUUAUUAUAUCAAAAUUAAUUCUACUUUGUGUGCUUUUAUAAA